AUGCGUGAUUUGGCCAAGUUGUCUAUCUCUCUUGGAACCCAAUUUGGAGAAAACAUAGACAAUCCUCCUAAUCAAACAGCCACGCCAGACAAUCCUCCAAUCCAUAUAUCCCCACCUGAACCCACUCGUCCAAAUGCCUUUCCACCACCCCACUCCCAAAAUAUCCAAGUUCCAUUUUACCACUAUUACCAACAUACCGAACCAACCUUCCCAGAAAUAACCCCAAACACAAAUAUCCCAUAUACUUUUGGGAACAACAAUCCCAAUCCCAUAUACGUUGAAACUGCCCCUCUUACUCAUGACCUCCAUGAAUCAGAGUCCCAUCAGAAAGACAUCCUAAUAAAAACCCUGACUGAGAGAUUAGACAACUUGACCAACAGGGUACAACACGUGGAAGGAAACAAGAAGUUGGGAGGAUUAGGCUAUGAGGAUUUGUGCAUGCAUCCUGAUGUGGAACUGCUCGAAGAAUACAAGCUUCCAAAGUUUGAGACGUUCAAUGGCAUUGGGGAUCCCAAAGCCCACCUACGAAUGUAUUUUGACAAACUUGUAGGGGUGGGGACAGAUGAGAGGAUACUCAUGAAGUUGUUUAUGAGGAGUCUUACUGGGGAGGCCCUAUCAUGGUACAUUGAGCAAGACUCGCGGAAAUGGAUAAAUUGGGUUGAUAUGGCAACUGACUUCAUGAAUAGGUUUGGUUUCAAUAUUGAAAAUGCGCCUGAUUGGUUUUACAUUCAGAACUUGAAGAAGAAACCGAGUGAAUCCUUCAGAGAAUAUGCCAUAAGAUGGAGGUCUGAGGCGGCUAGGGCCAGACCCCCUAUGGAAGAAUCUAAAAUGAAAGACUAUUUCAUCCAUGCCCAAGAACCACAAUACUAUGACCGAAUGAUGCUGGUGGCUGAAAAGAGUUUCGCUGAAAUCAUCAAACUAGGCGAAAGAAUUGAAGAAGGCAUAAAGAAUGGGACUAUCAUCAACUUGGAGGCUUUACACGCAACCAACAAGGCUCUGCAAUCUAGUGGAAUGACAGAGAGUCAAAAGAAAACAGCACAACUUUAUGAGAGUCUGAAACAGGCUGGGUACGUCUCUCCAAUUCCUGCAUUUCCUGUGGAUGUUUGCGCAAAAUGGUACGACCCUAACAAGGUCUUCGCCUACCAUUCUGGGAUGAAGGGCCACACCACCGAAGCUUGCAGAGCCCUUAAGGAUAAGGCCGUCGAAACAGAAGAAGCCGUGUCUACCACUGCCCAAGCACCACUAAUAGUGCAAGGACUCUCCCCAUUUGAAGUAGAAGUUUCUGCACCCAGACCACCGUUCGCUGUAUAUAAGGCAUCCUCCCCAAUACAAUGUGACACACAUGCUGUACCUUGGGAUUACAACAAAAGAGAAACAAAUGUGGAAGAGACAGAUGUUGCAACAGGGGUCACCAGAUCUGGAAGAAUUUACACUUCUGAAAAUUUGGUUCAGGGAAGCUCUAGCAAAUCCAAAGCACCAGUCGUAGAGCUUGAGGAUCAAAGUAUUUGGAAAAAGGUUAAAGCUAAAGAAUACUCUGUCAUUGAGCAGCUGAGUAAAAUCCCUUCCCAAAUAUCAAUUCUGGAGUUACUGCAAUCUUCCGAAACUCAUCGAGAUGCCCUUCUGAAGAUCCUUGGUGAAGCUUAUGUCCUAUCUAACAUCACUCAUGGAGAGGUAUCCCAAAUGGUGGGGCAGGUCUUUGAGGCUUACAAAAUAUCUUUUCACAAAGAUGAGCUGCCAAUCGAAGGAACAACUCACAAUAAAGCUUUGUACAUUUCGGUUCAGUAUCAGGAUAAGGUGAUAAACAAAGCAUUAGUUGAUACAGGUUCAGGUUUAAAUAUUUGCCCUCUGAGCACACUGACGAGGCUGGGCGUGGAUAGUGCAAAAAUUCAGACAUGGAAGAUGAAUGUGAGGGCAUUUGACGGCUCUCAGAGAGGCACUAGUGGGGAGAUAACCUUGGACAUGCUCAUUGGUCCUGUCACUUUCCCCAUAGCUUUCCAAAUUUUGGACAUCCCUUCAUCGUACAACUUAUUGUUGGGUCGUCCAUGGAUUCAUAUGGCUGGAGCGGUUCCAUCUACUCUUCACCAAUGCCUGAAGUUUGAAUGGGAUUACGAAGAGGUUGUAGUCCAUGGGGAAAAGGGGCAUCCUGUAUACACGAUUGAAGGAAGAGAGAAUAUGGAUGGGGAAAUGUACCAUACAGUGGAGCUUGUUGGUAAUAUUGAGUUGCAACCUUGGUUUAGCCAAAAAAUCAUAGAUAUGAUGGCCUGGUUCGGUUUCGAGCUUGGAAAAGGUUUGGGGGCUGAAUUGCAAGGGAUAGUCGAACCUAUACAGCCUGUUCGACAUUCCACUACUUUUGGUUUGGGGUAUAAGUACACCACCGAAGAAUGGCUCGAUUGGCGACCACCUAGAGAUGGGUACUACUAUCCAUUGAAGAAACCCAUACCGCCAUUGUAUCAAUCAUUUCGAUCAGCAGGUUUCAUGGGAGGCAAUAUUGAUGAGAUCUCAGAUGACUUGAAGGGGUUAUCGCUAACCAAAGAAGAGGGGAAAGUUUGCAACGUCGUGAUCAAAGAGGAGGAGAAAGGGGGCCCUAGUGGAAGCAAGGAAGCAAAGAUCAGCAUCAGCAACUGGACCUCGACUCCAUCCAGACCUCGUCGAGCAUCUGGCAAAAUUCAUUAUAAAAAUGUCGAAUCUGAGACUGUGGCAUACAAUGAGACUGCUCAACUUAACAUUAAUGACUUAGAAGAAGUCGAAGACAAUGAGGUUCCCGAGGAGUUAAUCAAAAGGGUUGAGGAAUUUGAGGAAAAACCCAAUCCAAAUUCGGUAGAGAUAGAAGUGGUGAAUUUGGGAAAUGCAGAGGUGAUACAAGAAAACCGAGUAAGCAUCCAUAUGACAAAAGAAGACAAGAAAGAGUAUACCGAGUUUCUCAUAGAAAAUAAGGAUAUUUUCGCGUGGUCCUACGCAGACAUGACAGGGCUAAGUACUUCAAUCAUAGCGCAUCGACUGCCCGUUGAUCCAACAUGUCCUCCGGUAAAACAGAAGUUGAGAAAAUACAAGCCCGAGAUGAGUUUGGAAAUCAAAGAAGAAGUAUCAAAGCAAUUAGAUGCGGGGAUACUCCAAGUGACAGAAUAUCCAACUUGGCUUGCAAAUGUCGUUCCAGUGCCCAAGAAAGACGGCAAGGUCAGAGUUUGCGUGGAUUACCGAGAUCUCAAUAAAGCUAGCCCUAAAGAUAACUUUCCAUUAUCAAACAUACACAUACUGAUUGACAAUUGUUCUAAGCACGAAACUCAGUCAUUUGUGGAUUGCUUUGCCGGCUAUCAUCAAAUUGAGAUGCACAAAGACGACGCUGAAAAAACCGCCUUCAUCACGCCGUGGGGUGUCUAUAACUACAAGGUGAUGCCUUUUGGAUUAAAGAACGCUGGGGCUACGUACAUGAGAGCGAUGGCUACUUUGUUUCAUGACAUGAUCCAUAAGGAAAUUGAAGUUUAUGUGGAUGAUGUCAUCAUCAAAUCAAAGGAAAGCUUAAAUCAUUUGGAGGAUUUACGGAAAUUCUUUGCCAGGCUACGCAAGUACAAUCUGAAACUGAAUCCGGAAAAAUGUGUCUUUGGUGUGCCUGCUGGAAAGCUUUUAGGUUUCAUUGUCAGUCGUCGAGGUAUAAAAUUGGACCCGUCAAAGAUCAAAGCCAUUCGUGAUCUUCCCCCACCAAAGAGCAAGAAGGAGGUAAUGAGUUUCUUAGGGCGACUUAACUACAUCAGCCGUUUCAUUGCUCAGUCUACUAUCAUCUGUGAACCUAUCUUCAAGCUGUUAAAAAAGGAUGCUGCAGUGAAAUGGACAAGUGAAUGUCAACAGGCAUUUGACAAGAUCAAAGACUAUCUAUCCAAUCCUCCUGUAUUGGUGCCACCAGAGUCAGGUAGACCAUUACUUUUGUAUAUUUCAGUAUUGGAUAAUGCUUUCAGUUGCAUCUUAGGAAAACACGAUGAAACAGGGAGGAAGGAGCAAGCAAUAUAUUAUAUGAGAAAGAAGUUCACAUCGUGCGAAGCCCGAUACUCUCUAUUAGAGUGUACCUGUUGUGCUCUAACAUGGGUUGCCCAAAAGUUACGACAUUACCUCUCAUCGCAUACUACUUAUCUGAUUUCAAGGAUGGAUCCUUUGAAGUAUAUCUUUCAAAAGCCCAUACCCACAGGUAAACUGGCAAAAUGGCAGAUAUUGUUGAGCGAGUUUGACAUAGUGUAUGUCACGCAAAAAGCAGUGAAAGCACAGGCAUUAGCAGACCACAUGGCAGAGAAUCCCGUGGAUGAUGAUUACAGACCGCUGAAGACCUACUUCCCAAAUUAAGAGGUGGCUUUUGUGGGAGAGGACAUUUCUGAAGAAUAUGAUUGAUGGAGAAUGUUCUUUGAUGGAGCUAAAAAUCUGAAUGGAUGCGGCGUCGGGGCUGUUUUGAUCUCACCCACCGGGCAACAUUAUCCAGUAUCAGCAAAACUCAGAUUCCUUUGCUCAAAUAAUAUGGCCGAAUACGAAGCCUGCAUACUAGGUCUCCGACAGGCGAUCGACUUGGAUGUCCAAGAAAUGCUAAUAAUAGGGGAUUCAGACCUAUUGAUCCAUCAGGUUCGAGGUGAUUGGGCAACAAAAAAUUGAAAGUUGUUACCGUAUUUGGAGUGCGUGCACAGGCUAUGUAAAAGGUUUGUCAAAACAGAAUUUAGACAUGUACCAAGGGUCCAAAAUGAAUUUGCAGACACCUUAGCCACUCUGUCUUCUAUGAUUCGACACCCUGAUCACAAUUACAUCGAUCCUAUUCACAUUCAUAUACAUGAACAACCAACUUAUUGUUUCCAUGUUGAGGAAGAGCCUGAUGGAAAGCCCUGGUACGAUGACAUUAGAGGAUAUUUGAAGAGCGGUGAAUACACAGAUGAUGCAACAAGUGUACAAAAGCGUACAAUUCGAAGGUUAGCAACCCAAUUCUUUUUAAGUGGGGAAACCCUCUAUAGGAGAACUCUCGAUUUGGGGCUACUAAGAUGCGUCGAAGCAAGAGAGGCUCGCAGGCUGGUCGAAGAGAUACAUGCAGGCACCUGUGGCCCUCACAUGAGCGGUUUUACAUUAGCAAAGAAGAUUCUGAGAUCAGGAUAUUAUUGGCUAACUAUGGAGAAAGACUGCAUUCGCUACGUCCAGAAAUGUCAUCAAUGUCAGACUCACGCAGAUAUGAUUCGAGUACCUCCCAACGAACUCCAUGUCACUAGUUCACCUUGGCCGUUCGCAGCAUGGGGCAUGAAUGUCAUUGGUCCAAUCGACCCAACAGCAUCCAACGGGCACAUAUUCAUUCUUGUCGCAAUUGACUAUUUCACCAAGUGGGUUGAGGCCACCUCCCAUAAAUCAGUGACAAAGAAAGUUGUGGAUGACUUUGUCAAAAAUAACAUUAUUUGUAGGUUUGGAAUUCCUGAGUCAAUUAUCACCGACAACGGCACCAACCUAAACAGUGACCUGAUGAGAUCAAUGUGUGAGAAGUUCAAGAUCAGUCAUCGAAACUCUACAGCAUACAGGCCACAGAUGAAUGGGGCUGUUGAGGUAGCAAACAAAAACAUCAAAAGGAUAUUGCGCAAGAUGAUAGAUAAUCACAAACACUGGCAGGAAAAGCUACCUUUCGCAUUGCUGGGGUAUCGUACCACAAUUAGAACUUCCACAGGGGACACACCUUACUUCUUAGUAUACGACACUGAAGCUGUGAUACCCGCCGAAGUAGAGAUACCUUCCCUAAGGAUCAUCCAAGAAGCAAAGUUGAGUGAUGCUAAUUGGAUACAAGGUCGGGCAGAGAAUUUGGCACUAAUAGAUGGAAGAAGAAUUAACGCCAUUUGUCAUGGUCAGCUCUAUCAGAAUAGAAUGGCCACAGCUUUCAACAAGAAGGUUAAACCCAGGCAUUUCUCACCUGGGCAACUGGUUUUGAAGCGGAUUUUUCCAAAUCAAGACGAGGCAAAGGGUAAAUUUUCACCAAAUUGGCAAGGUCCGUACAUAGUCUCUCGAGUACUGACAGGCGGAGCCCUCAUACUUGCAGAAAUGGAUGGAGAAGUUUGGCCAAAACCUAUCAAUUCAGAUUCUGUGAAAAAGUAUUACAUCUAGAGAUUGAUUCAUGCUUUUUGUAACUUGGAACUACGUCAGACCUGAUUUCCGUUUAAGAGGGGAUACAUAGGCGCUCCUAUGGGGUUCGGUCUUAUUAUAAAUAAAACUUUCAUUUCCCCCUUUUCUAUUGAUAACUGGGGCAGAAUUUUUGAGAGGAUCUCAAAAAUUCCAGCAAGAUUUCUCCUGGCACAUCUUCAUAUUGGGGCAGAAAUUUUGAGUAAACUCAAAAUUUCACCAAAAGUUUCUUCUCAUCAAGCAGUCAGCUUACAACGAAGAUUAAAUGAUAGCUCCACUUUUGAGUCAGACGUUGUAAAGUCUCAACCUAUGCCAUAGUCAAAGAUUCGACAUCAGCUUUUAUUAAGUGAUAAUUUCAAAAUCUUUCAAAGUUUUUUUAUUUAUUUUAUUUUAUUUUAUUUUUAUUUUUAUUUUUUCUUUCCUUUCCCCCUUUUUAUGAAAAAAAAAACAGCGCUCGAAGAGGUGUGGAUGGCAAGUCAAAGGAGCACGCUGCACCAAAUCAUGGAUACAGAUCAACCUCCCCCCUUUAAACUAACUGUUUUUCUUUGAAUGUAGAAAAUACAGGUACAUAUACAAAGGCAACUGCAACAAUCAACAUCACCACAUUUGAGCCCGACAUAUGACACUCGAUCUUUCCAAUAAGGCGGACGCCCAAGCUAUUGUAUUCCCUCAAGCAACUGCUGUGCUAACAAAUUACAUUAUGCCCGAUAUUGCAUCAUUUCACACCUACGCCUGAUAUCACACUAUGCUCAAAGAACUACAUCAUUAUGUUAUGCCCAAGAAUGCCGAAAUGCAUCAUUUCAUGUGCUUGAUAUUGCAUGAGCCCGAAGAAACACAUUAUUGCAUGUGCUCGAUAUUUCAUAUGCCCGAGGAAAUACAUCAUCGCAUAUGCCCAAUAUUGACUUAUACUCGAAGAACCGCAUUAUUGCCUGCGCUCGAUAUUUUAUGUGCCCGAAGAAAUGCAUCAUUGCAUGUGCUCGAUAUUUCAUGUGCCCGAGGAAAUACAUCAUCGCAUAUGCCCAACAUUGACUUAUGCUCGAAGAAUUGCAUUAUUGCAUGCGCUUGAUAUUUUAUGUGCCUGAAGAAAUGCACCAUUACAUAUGCUCGAUACUGCAUGUGCCCAAUAUUACAUUGUGCCCGAAGAAGUGCAUCAAUGCAUUGUGCUCGAUAUUGCAUGUGCCAGAAGAAAUGCAUCAUUGCAUGUGCUCGAUAUUGCAUGUGCCCGAAGAAAUGCAUCAUCGCAUUGUGCCCGAGACUCCAUUGUGCCCGAAGUUUGCAUAAGCUCAAGAUUGCAUCGUGCUCGAAGUCUACAUGCGCCCGAAUCAAAUCAAGUCAUAAGUAUCAACAGAUGUCAAAAACAGAUACGCUCUCUUUACUCAUUAUUGAUAUCCCAAAGGUGUCAUCCUCCAAAGGCAUCAUUUUUCAUGGCCUGCGGACUUCAUGUCAUGGCCUGAGGACUUAUUUUAUGCAUAUCAUGUUCCUAAGGCGUCAUAGUCUAAAGGCAUCAUCCUCAUGUCCUGCGGACAUCAUAUCAUGGCCUAAGGGUUUAAUUUCUGUCUAUCAUGAUCCGAAGGUGUCAUAGUCUAAAGGCGUCAUCUUCA